AUGGUGCCGGAUGAGCUGACUCCGCUUGGGACCAACGGAAAUGCUACCGUCGUCGAGGCUAGCGGCAAUGCAAACUUCGUCGAGGAGAACGUCACUAGCACCAACAGGACACGGCAAGCGCGCAAUGUGGUCUGGGCUACAUCAUACAGCCCGACGAGUUCGAUCUACAGGCAGACGACUACGAACAUCCUGCCAAUGGGUUCUACAGUCGGUACAACAAUCACCUGCCCAGCCGGAGCCAUGCUCCAGAACGGUCAGUGCGUCCAGCGUGCGUAUGCUUGCGGUGCAGGCUACAACCUGGUCGGAGACACGUGCGUCGGACAAGCGGUUUGUCAGCAAGGAUACAACCUAGUUGGAGGCAACUGCAUGCUUCAGGCACCCUGUGCUACCCAAACGUGCGGUGCCGGAGUCCAAACGCAGGCCCCGACGGUUGUAAUGCAACCGGUAGCACCACUAGCACCCCCACCCCCACCCCCGGUCACGACGUGCACGUGCGAAACCGGUGCAACGCUGGUCGGCAACCAGUGCAUGAAGCGUGAAUCACGCCAAGCCGAGACGCGUACGCACGAAACGGGCCAACUGGAGGCACCCACCUGCCCGGCUGGGUACGAGAUGAACUACGAGGAAUGUUUGCAACACCGGCGCGAGGAAGCACACUGCGUGCGUGGCACGCGCCAGGACGACGUUUGCGUAACGCAAGCGAUCUGUCACCAUCCGUACGCGCUCGAUGAGCUUGGCCAGUGUGUACGCAACACAAGCGCGCGAGCAACCUGUCCGCGGGAUUCGCGCAUGAGUCCAUCCGGCUCGUGCGUGUACGCAACACCCCGCUGUGAGCCUGGCUUCCGACCGGAAGGUAGCGUGUGCGUGCAGCGCUCCGACCAGCCGCUCGAGUGCACCGAGGGUGAGCUUGUCGGUGGGUUUUGUGUGGUGUUGGAGCCCCGCUGUCCACCCGAAUACCGGCUGUCCGGUACGCAGUGCCUGCGGGAACGUCGCACGGUACCACAGUGUCCACCCGGUUCGCAGGAGCGCGAUGGCCGCUGCAUCGUACAGGAAGUGCAGUGUCCGCCCGAGUUCACCCAGCGCGAUUCCGGUUCGUGUGUGCGCACCGAGCGCCAACCGGUGUUCUGCCCACCUGGCACCACGCACGAGGGUGACAAGUGUGUGGCCGACGAGCCGGUGUGCCCGAACGACUUCAAGUACGUGCUAACCGAGUGCGUCCGGUACAGCCAGGGCCCGGCUCGGUGCCCACCCGGCCAAGAGCUGGUCGAUGGUGAAUGCAUCUCGUCCGACGUGUCCUGCGAGGUGGGCUUCGAGCUGCGGGAUGGCGAGUGUGUGCGCGACCGGGAAGCUCCUCGCACGUGCCCACCCGGAAGUGAGCUUCGCAACGAGCUCUGCGUCAUGGGUGCGCCACGUUGCACCAAUGGAUUCGAGCUGCGCGAUGGCAUUUGCGUGCAGGUGUCUCGCGAACCACCACAGUGCCCACCUGGUGCGCUGUUCCGGGCGGGCAGAUGUACGCUUCGCUUGAGCGAAUGCCCACCGGGAGCGGUGCGACGUGACGAGCAGUGCAUCAUGGAGGACAAGAUGGUGCCUUCGUGCCCGGAUGGGUUCCGGCUGGUGCGUGACUAUUGUCUCGCCGAGCCACGCUGUGAUUACGGGUUCACGUACAACGCUGCGGCGUCCGUUUGCCGGCGCAGCAUGACCACGGCCAUGAUCUGCCCGACUGGCACCGCACUCGAAGGUGAUCGGUGCGUCACACGGGAAAUGAUCUGUCUCGAGGGCACCACGGCACAGGGUGGUCAGUGCGUGUCACGGAUCGUGUCCGCACCAAGCUGCCCGCCCGGUUCCACGCUCAUCGACGGUCGCUGUCAAUCGCGCACGGCUGCACAGUGUCGUGCCGGCAGCAUCGCUAUGGGUGGAUCGUGCGAGGUGCACGAAACGGCCAUUCCCAGCUGCCCGGCCGGGUACACGUACUCCGGUGGGCAGUGUCACGGUGCGAUCGCGGUACCCCGCACAUCCGUCCAGCAACCGUGCCAGUACGCAGCCACCAACCCGUGCAUUGCGAACAACCCGUGCGUGAAUGGCCUCUGCCAGACGUCCUGUGCGACGCCUUGCGCGGCCGCCGUCACACAAACGCAGGUGCAAACGAUCGCCUCCACGCAGGCUGCCGCCUGCCCGGAGGGUUUCUCCUUACAGCAGGGUGCGUGCGUACGCCGUGCCACCAUCGCGGCCGAGUGUCCGUACGGGUACAUGCAGGACUCGGGCCAGUGCGUGAUGUACCACACGAUGGUGUGCGCGAACGGUGGCGUCCUCGAGGGUGACCGGUGCGUACAGUUCCGUGCCCGGGUGGCUGCCUGCCGCGAGGGUUUCCAGCUUGUCGGGGAUCGGUGCGAACACACGCGCUUCAAAUGUCCGCCCGGAUUCCGCAGCAGGGGUCGGGCGUGUGUGGCCGUCAGCGAACAACCGGCCACGUGCCCGCCCGGCAUCGCGAAGGUGAACGGUUACUGUUCGGCCAAGCUCACCUGCCCAACCGGGUACUAUCUGGCGCGGGGUGUUUGCCAUCGCGAGGUCAAAAGCACCAUCCACUGUCCGCCCGGGUACCUGCACAUGGACGGUGAGUGUGUCGCGUCACCGACCUGCCCACGUGGUUUCCGUCUCGAUGGUGAGCUGUGCGUGCGCCAGGAGCAACGAUCCGUCACGUGUCCACCACCGAGCCGGCUGGUGCGCGACCUGUGCGUCGUGGGAGAGCCGGUUUGUGAGCAUGGCUUUAACAACGUCGGGGAUCGCUGCGUGAAAACCGAACGCCGGCGACCAAUCUGUCCGCCUGGGUCGCGCAUCAGCGGUUCCAUCUGCGUGUCGAUUCGGCCGCCCCAGUGUGAGCCUGGCUUCCAGUACAUGGCCGGCCAGUGUGUACGGAUCGAGAAGCGACCGCUUCAGUGCCCACACGGAUUCACCGUCAGUGGUGAUCGAUGCGUAUCGCGCCGGCUCAACUGUCCGCCCGGUUUCGAGCACGCCGGUGGUGAGUGCGUGCGUGAGGUGCGCCACGUGCUCACGUGUCCUCCAGGCAGCCGCAUGAUUGGCAACCUCUGCAUCGUCGAUAGUCCAUCCUGCGAGUACGAUUACCAGCUUGUGCGGGGUGAGUGCGUGAAGGUCGAUUAUCACUCGCUCGAUUGCCCACCCGGUACGAUACUGAGGGAUGGUCGGUGCGUACGCAACGCCAUCUGUCCGCCCGAGUACAUGCUGCUGGGUGGCGUGUGCGUGAAGCAACGCAUCGUGAAGCUAUCGUGCGAACGCGGUACCAUGCAGGAUGGCGUUUGUGUCGCCCCGGGACCCAACUGUCCGCCCGAUUUCGAGUUACGCCGGGGUACGUGCGUGCGCCGUGAAACUAGCGAGCUGUCGUGCACGAAUGGUGCCACGUUGCAGGAUAACAUGUGCGUGAUCGGGCAGCCUGUCUGCCGGGAUUCGUACCAAUACUCGGGCGGUUACUGUACGAUGAUCCGCAAACAGGCGGCCACCUGUGCCGGGUCGGCUCGGCUCCAAAACGGCAUGUGUGUCACGCGUGUCACAUCCUCCCGGCUCUACUGUCAGCAAGGAUACACGCUGGAGAACUCACAGUGCGUGCGUACCGUCUACUCACUGGCCCACUGCACGACCACAUCCUCAGCGUCGACCGUUUCGACUGGUGUGUCGAUGAGCCAAGCGGUUCAACCGAUUCAACCGAUUCAACCGAUUCAAGCGAUCCAAACGAUCCAACCGGUUCCGUCGGUGUACACCGAGAAUCGGUACGUGACCGGAGCUGAAGCUCCCGUCAUCUCGACGGUCGACACGCAGUACGCGUCUACGCUCGUCACUUCAAAGACCGAGCCUGACUUCAGCACGUUCUUCAGCGAGCUAGACACCUCUAGCACUGACUACUCACACGCGAGCGUCGAACACACUGCCACCAGCGAUGACUACUCAACCUCCAGCAGCUCCGACUACUACUCCGGAAGCUCCUCUUCCGGCAGUACCGAUUACCGGUACACCGCCGGCUCGUACGGUAGCGACUACCCAUCCGCAAGUGCUGACUACUCGUACACAAGUGGGUCGUAUGGCAGCGCAAGCAAGACCACCUCAGCAUCCGACAGCGCGUCACGGGAAAAGCGCUGCACCAUCAUUGGACCACGCACGUGCACCAUGGAUGGUGACUUUUCGGAAUGGACGUGCACGCAGCAAUCGUACAGCAACGUGGCGUCGAGCUUCUGUACCAGCGAGAGCACCGUGAUCCAGCUGACGCUUGAUCGGCACAUUUCCGUCAACGAAACGACGAUCGUGAUGGCGCGAUCGACUGAAAUGGCGAACGAUGAGUACGACGAUGAUGAGGACGACGAAGCGGGUCUGGACUGUAGCGAGUGUGCGAUCCAUGGUGACUCCUGCAUGAGGGCGUGCUACACGUACAGCGAGUGCAGCAGCUGCUCGUAUGAGACGUUGAGCCGUUUCUGUGAUACCUUCAACGAAUUGCCGCAGUUGUGUGCUUACUUGAAGAUAGCUUCGCCGUACGAGCACUAAAUGUUUUCUUGUGAAGGACA